CGGGGCUGCGGCACAGGCCGGGCGGCACCAUGGCGGCGGCGGCGCCUGCUGCUGCGGCGGCUUCUUCUGAGGCGCCGGCGGUGAGUGCGACGGCAGAGCCCGAGGCCGGGGACGAGGACAGUCGCGAGGUCCGAGUGCUGCAGAGCCUCCGGGGCAAGAUCUGUGAAGCAAAAAAUUUAUUGCCCUAUCUCGGACCCAACAAAAUGAGAGAUUGUUUCUGUACCAUAAAUUUGGACCAGGAGGAAGUUUAUCGUACCCAAGUUGUUGAAAAAUCUUUAAGCCCAUUCUUCAGUGAAGAAUUUUACUUUGAGAUUCCAAGAACUUUCCAGUAUUUGUCUUUCUAUGUUUAUGAUAAGAAUGUUUUACAAAGAGACCUUCGCAUAGGAAAAGUAGCCAUCAGAAAAGAAGACUUAUGUAACCACAGUGGCAAAGAAACUUGGUUUUCACUACAGCCUGUUGACUCCAAUUCAGAAGUUCAGGGUAAAGUUCACCUUGAAUUAAAACUGAAUGAACUGAUAACAGAGAAUGGAACUGUGUGCCAACAGCUUGUUGUACACAUCAAGGCAUGCCAUGGAUUGCCUCUCAUAAAUGGACAAAGCUGUGACCCUUAUGCAACUGUUUCUCUAGUGGGGCCUUCUAGGAAUGACCAAAAGAAGACAAAAGUAAAGAAGAAAACAAGCAAUCCGCAGUUUAAUGAAAUCUUUUAUUUUGAGGUAACCAGAUCCAGUAGUUACACCAGAAAGUCCCAGUUCCAGGUAGAAGAGGAGGACAUUGAAAAGCUAGAAAUUAGGAUCGACUUGUGGAACAAUGGAAACCUGGUCCAAGAUGUUUUCCUAGGUGAGAUUAAGGUUCCUGUGAAUGUAUUAAGAACCGAUACCUCCCAUCAAGCCUGGUACUUGCUACAACCCAGAGACAAUGGUAAUAAGUCAUCUAAAACUGAUGACCUGGGGUCUCUUCGAUUAAAUAUAUGUUAUACAGAAGACUAUGUGCUUCCUUCAAAGUACUAUGGUCCUUUGAAAACUUUGCUGCUAAAAUCACCAGAUGUUCAGCCAAUAUCUGCCUCAGCUGCUUACAUUUUGGGUGAAAUAUGUCGAGAUAAAAAUGAUGCUGUUUUGCCUCUCGUACGACUGCUGCUGCACCAUGAUAAACUUGUUCCUUUUGCCACUGCUGUGGCAGAAUUAGACUUGAGGGAUACACAAGAUGCAAACACAAUUUUUAGAGGCAAUUCCUUGGCUACCCGAUGUCUGGAUGAGAUGAUGAAAAUAGUGGGAGGGCACUACCUGAAAGUAACAUUAAAACCUAUUCUGGAUGAGAUAUGUGAAUCUUCAAAAUCCUGUGAAAUCGAUCCUAUUAAAUUAAAAGAGGGAGAUAAUGUUGAAAGUAAUAAGGAGAAUCUGCGCUACUAUGUAGACAAGUUGUUCAAUACGAUUAUAAAAUCAAGUAUGAGCUGCCCCACUGUAAUGUGUGACAUCUUUUAUUCUCUUAGGCAAAUUGCCACUCAGAGAUUUCCUAAUGACCCUCAUGUUCAAUAUUCUGCAGUGAGCAGCUUUGUAUUUCUUCGUUUCUUUGCUGUAGCCGUAGUAUCACCUCAUACUUUUCAUUUGCGACCUCAUCAUCCAGAUGCACAGACAGUUAGAACAUUAACUCUCAUCUCAAAAACCAUUCAAACCUUGGGAAGCUGGGGGAGUCUAUCCAAAAGCAAGUCAAGUUUCAAAGAGACAUUCAUGUGUGAAUUUUUCAAAAUGUUUCAAGAAGAAGGAUAUAUUAUAGCAGUUAAAAAGUUCUUGGAUGAAAUUUCAUCUACUGAAACUAAAGAGUCCAGUGGUACGAGUGAGCCUGUGCACCUGAAAGAAGGUGAGAUGUAUAAAAGAGCUCAGGGAAGAACUCGGAUUGGAAAAAAGAAUUUCAAGAAACGAUGGUUCUGCUUAACAAGCAGAGAGCUCACCUACCACAAACAGCCAGGUAGCAAAGAUGCAAUUUACACAAUUCCAGUAAAAAACAUUCUUGCCGUGGAAAAACUGGAAGAGAGCUCUUUCAACAAGAAAAAUAUGUUCCAAGUUAUACAUACGGAGAAACCACUCUAUGUCCAGGCAAAUAAUUGCGUAGAAGCUAAUCAAUGGAUAGACAUGCUCUGCAGGGUGAGCCGAUGCAAUCAAAACAGGCUCAGUUUUUAUCACCCCUCUGCAUAUAUCAACGGAAACUGGCUCUGCUGUCAGGAGACCAGUGAAAACACUCUCGGCUGCAAGCCAUGUACUGCAGGUAUCCCUGCAGAUAUCCAAAUAGAUAUUGACGAAGACAGAGAAACAGAAAGAAUUUAUUCCCUCUUUACCCUCAGUUUUCUUAAGCUGCAAAAGAUGGAAGAGGCUUGUGGAACUAUAGCAGUCUAUCAAGGACCACAGAAAGAACCUGAUGAUUAUUCUAACUUUGUAAUUGAAGAUUCUGUAACAACCUUUAAGACAAUUAAGCAAAUAAAAAACAUAAUAAAGGAGCUGAAUGAACCUCAUGAAAAGUAUAGGAAGAAAAGAUCAAGUAGUGCAAAAUAUGGGAGCAAGGAAAAUCCAAUUGUUGGGAAAACAUCUUAGAGUCUGACCAAUUGAUUUCAGAAGAACUGGAAAAUAAUUAUUUUUCUUGGAGUUUUUCAAUUUAUCAUAUGUUUUGUUCAUAGUAUUUAAGAAUGAACAUUGGCUUCGAUGUUACCUACAUUCAUAUCAUAUUUAAUAUUUAAUAAUUGAAAUUGUUUGAGAAUCUUCGUAUUGAUGCAUCACUAGAGCAUUUGAAGCCCAGGAUUCUUUCGUGUGUCCAGAUGCAUAUUUCUGCAACUUCUUUUUGACAGACUCUUCCUAAAGAAGAUUCCUUAAGAAGUUUUGCAACAAAGGGAGAACUCCUCCAUAGCAAGAAAACAUCUCUUCUUGUAACACUGUUCUGUGGACUUGUUUUCACUACCAUUAGUGCCUGCUCUCUACUGCCAACAUUAUGUUUUACUAGAAAAUCCCAAUCCAUGACAAUUCAGAGCUUCUCAUUUAGUUCAGCUAGACCCUCUUUCCUUAAAAAAGAAAAGAAAAAAAAUUUUCCUUUGGUCUAUCAUUCAUUACAGGUUAUAUUACAGAUAGCUACAAAAAUUUUUGAAAACUACCAGAGCAUCCUUGAAACUUGGUAGAUCUUUUUGCCUUCUUAAAGAUGUAAACACAACUCAGAUAGGAAGAAUCAGGGAAUAUGUGCUAUUGUGUGCAUCUUGUUUACAUUUGGAAUGAGUGAUGGCAGAUGAAAUAUAAUGAGACCAUUAAAUUUUUCCUCAAUUAUUUUAAAUAUCUGGUACUCAUUUUCUUAAUUUGAGAGUUCAGAUUAUCAUGACUUUCAAGGACAUCUUUUCUGAAAAAGAAGAGAAAGUAAACAGUGGAUGAAAGUGGUAGGAAAAUCACUUGACUUCACCUGCUAUUUCAUGUUAUAAGAAAGGCCACCAUAGGGAUGCCCUUCUCAUAAUGUUAGGUUGUGAUCUAACUCGAGAACAGUCACUAGGCGCACUUUAAUAAUCUGGACUGCCCCAGAUUAUACUUCCGAUACUCUGUGGUAUCUAAUCUUUAUGAUCAGUUGAAUGAUCAGUGUUUAAGUUUAGAAUAAUGCUUUCCUGAAAAUGUUUAUAUUUCAUUACUGUUUCCUUAUUGCCUGCUAGCCAAAUGGAAUUUGGGCAAGCAACUAUUUGAAUACUAUUUUUCCCUAAUAAUUUUCUUUUUGUCCUAAAAACCCUAACUGUAAAUAAGCAGUCGAAGCAAGUUGCCACUUUGAAGUUAAGAGGAAUGCACUUGGCUUCAUCAGUAUUAAAAACCUUUUUUUUUGUCUUUUUUAAUUCAGAACAUUUUCUAAAUGUGGUACUUUGAACCUUGGAGUAUUUACAUGUUUCUCUUUAAAACUGUGACUUAUAAGUCUAGCUAGUAGUGCUUUUUUGUCUCCCUGAGCAUAAGCUAUAUUUCAGGAUAUGCUUUGCCAAUUAUGUUAUUGGUAGGCAAUUGUUUUUAAAGUAUAUUGUUAUUAGGUAAUUAUUUUUAAAAACUAUUGGCACACAAUCAAAGUUGUUCCAUAAAUGUAACAAAGCAAUGUAUUUCUCUAAAUGACUGUAAAAACCAGUUGGUUAUAUUUAAGAAUCAGUACUAGUCUGUAUUAUGGUAGAUGACUCUUGGCCCAGUUUAAAGACAAGUUUGAAAAAUUCCUUCUGGGGCGGCGCCUGUGGCUCAGUGAGUAGGGCGCCGGCCCCAUAUGCCGAGGGUGGCGGGUUCAAACCCAGCCCCGGCCAAACUGCAACAAAAAAAUAGCCGGGCGUUGUGGCGGGCGCCUGUAGUCCCAGCUGCUCGGGAGGCUGAGGCAAGAGAAUCACGUAAGCCCAAGAGUUAGAGGUUGCUGUGAGCCGUGUGACGCCACGGCACUCUACCCGAGGGCGGUACAGUGAGACUCUGUCUCUACAAAAAAAAAAAAAAGAAAGAAAAAUUCCUUCUGGCUCGGCGCCUAUUGCUCAAGUGGCUAGAGCGCCAGCCGCAUACACAGGAGCUAGCGGGCCGGGGUUCAAAUCCAGCCCGGGCCAGCCAAACAACAAUGACAACUAAAGCAAAAAAAAAAAAAAAUACCUGGGCAUCGUGGCGGGCGCCUGUAGUCCCAGCUAUUUGGGAGACUGAGGCAAGAGAAUCUCUUAAGCCCAAGAGUUUGAGGUUGCUGUGAACUGUGAUGCCAUGGCACUCUACCCAGAGUGACAUAGUGAGACUCUGUCUCAAAAAAAAAAAAAAAAAUUCCUUCAAAUUUUAUGAAUUUGUGGAUUCCGUAAACUAUACUAAUUUAUAAAUGUGAAUGAAUUUAGCCAUUUAAUACAUUUCUCAUUCAGAUUGAAUCUCUGAAAUGUCUACCUGCAGAGGACAAGCAAGUGUUACCAGGUACCAGUCAUGACUCUUUAGUGACUUUUUGGUCCUCUGCUAUUUUUUUAAGGCAAAAGAAAUAUUCUCCAAACAUUUAUAAUAUCAAAUUCCCAAUUACAGUUGGUUUUAAAGAUCAUGGCAUGAUAAAAGGGACCAAGGCUCUGCAUGUGCAAGUCUAGAUUUGAAGGGUAGAGUUCAGUCAUUUAGUCAUUUUCUUCACAUAACACUUUCAAACAUCCAGUUUGACUGGAAUUUACCAGCUUGGCACAGUCUGAAAAGAAGUAAUGUGAAAUUAAAUUAAUUUUCUUUGAACUUUUGAAAUAAGAAACCAUGUCAGUAGGCCCCUAAGACAACCAAGGAAUUUGCUUCCAGAGGCCUCUUUCUCUACUAUUAAUCAUGAGUGCUUUGAUUUUUACUACCUGAUUUACUUUCUCUGCCUUUUCCACAUUUAAAAUAAUCCAUAGCAGCUUAGUUCACGCUGAAAACCUGAAAACCCCAGGAAAGAAAGAAAAGGAUGGUAUGGGGAAAUUUGCCAUAACUGCCAGUUCUGAUUCUAAUUUAACCUUUUCCAUCAGUUAAAAUUAUGUUGAUCUGUUGCUUGUUUUGUUCUUAUUUGGCUUUUUAAAUAUUCAUUUAAUAAUAUGAUGGGCAAUAGCAAAAAUUUUACUCAUAAGAAUAUAAUUUAUCAAAUGGAACUGUUUUGUUUGCCAAAGAAAUAUGUUUUUAAUAUCACGGGUAAUGGUUAAGUGUCAAAACUAGGCUUUUUUUAUAUACAAAAAAAGAUGACAGUACUCUACUGAGGGCAACAAAAAUGAAAGAAACUCUGUCUCAAAAACAGUAAGUGACAAAUGAUGUGGCUUUUGUUUCUGAAGUCUGAUUUCAUUCAUUUAUCAGAAAGGUACGUUCAUGCCACAUUUUGAAAAACAGAGUUUAUUUGUAAGGGAAAGCACCUUUAAUUUGUCCUAACGGUACAUCUUAUAAAGACAGAAUUCUACAUAGCCUUUUUAGUUGUCCUCACAGUAUGUGAAAAAUACAAAACUCAUUCUAGAGUUAAAUUACCAAUCUUGAUUUAUAUUAUCUGCUUUCAUUUUUAUUAACUUGGAAAUUAAUGUUGCUAGUAAAUAUUGGUUUUUACAGUGUCCACUUUGAAAAUGUAAGUUAUCAAAACUUAAUGUAGUGAAUUUGUGUAACCAUGUUGUAUUGUUCAGAAUGUAUUUUUAUUUAAAUUUUAUUUUCUUAUCAAGAGUAUAUUAUAAAAACUAAAAACUUUUGUAACUGUUGCUUGGAAAUAACUCAAAUAAAUUACAAGAAGUCUGUC